CGCCAAGCUGUCGCAGGUGCGUCCUGUGCCGCCUCCUCACUAGCUCACUCUGCUUGAAGGAGGGAAAUGGUGCCGAAUGCUGGCUGCCUCUCUGUGACGAUCAGGUGCUUCGCUCACUCGUCGGUCUGGUCUUGCGGCCUCGGUAACGUGACCUUCUUCCCUUAACCUCAGUUUCCUUCACACUCCGCGUAGAGACACGCAAAUGGAAUCCAUUUGGAUGCCACGGGGAAGUUGAAGGAAGGGCCCGCGAGAUAUAAAAUGUAGUCAGCGAUGAUCGACCUGAACACACCCACACAGAGAACAGCAACACACACACGUGCAUAUGUGUGGUGCCUUGUCUCGCCUACGUAUCGCCGCCAGGCUUGUCCGGAUGGACCACCAACGCUGCACAGAGAGAGAAGAGGAGGCAACGUAACGUACUGUAUUCUGCACUGGGAACAUGGACAGCAUCCACCUCUCCACCUCUCUACACGCGAUAAGCGACCUGAAUACAUAGACAGAGCGGCAGCAGCUCGUGGGGAAACUGCCGUCUGCUGCGGUCAGUUUCGCCAUGGUGUCUAACCGUUCGAUGUGCGCCUGCUGUCGGCAACCGGCAGCCACUCCCGCAUGUCCCUCAUGACCUUGAUCUCCUCAUGCAGGUAGCUGUCGAGGGGGCCCGUCUCGAUCACAACGAGCGGCCCUUUGGCGUCCAGGACGCCCCAUCCUUCCCCGUGGAGUACGUGGUCGAUGUUGGCUAGUCGCAGUUCCUCCCGCCGUAACUGAUGCCGUAAGUGCACAGCGUAUAUAUAUGUGCGAUGUCUUGCCCAGCUCACGUGUCACCUCCUGGCUUGUCAGAGUGCAUCAUGAGUGCUGCACACACAGAGAGAACCAAGGGAAGGCAACGCAAGUAGAGUUCUGCACUGGCCAUACGGCUCAGCUGGCAUCUCUCUGCACGUGCAUGGCCUCGCCUUUCCCCCUUCCAUCCCUUACCCUUUCCUCAGUAUGCCUUUUGUAUGGUGCUCAGAUCGGCAUCUCUCUCCACGCCGAGGACAUCGAAAAAGCGCUGUUCGUCGCCCUCUUCAAUCUGCUAAUACUGGAACUGGACGUUCUUGCAAAGCGGACGGGAAAGGAGACACACUCGCUAACGGAUAUAAAAUGUAGACAGCGAUAAUCGACCUGGACACACGCAUGGGCCGACCAGCCAUAUGGUCACUUGCAGCCGGCGAAUCGUCGUCGCUGAGGGGGUCAUACGAGUUGUUUGUCUGCAGGUCGAUAUGUGGUGUCAGGUUGGCCUGGGGGAGGGCUGCGGGUGACGGGUCGCCAGCGUCACUGCGGGGCGCAUACGAGUGCGGGGUGUGCAGAUCCACGCUCAGUCGCUCGUCGCCCUCCGCCGCCCGACGGCUUGGUGGGUCAUGCAGGAUGGCGCGGCUGUCGGCCUCCUGCACAGCGAACUCGACCUCCUGAGUCAAAUUACAGAACAUACAGCACACAACACACACGACCAUCAGACAACCACCCACUUUCUGCCCAUCCAUAUAUCGAUGUGUCACACCCACCCGCCUACCUCGACAGUACAUUCAGUGCGAUUCUCUGGCCCCUCCACAGCGGUGUCUGCUCGACCUGAGCCCUCUGGUCCCCCACAGCGGCUUCGCUAGACAGCGGCUCGGGGCAGCGCGCCGGCGUCUCGGCUUCGCCCUCCUGCUUCGCCGACAGGGGGUUGGGGGGACGGUCCACGGCGGGGGGAAGACGCCUCUCUCCAAUCUGUCCGAGUGCAGCCUGCAAGGCCUCCACCUGGGCCAGGAGGGGACGGACGUACGCCCCCAGCAGCUCUGAAGGGCUCGGUCGCAUGCUCGGCAUCUGCGAGAGGGUGGCGGUGGCGAGCCGCUGAAUACCCUCAGUGAUGGACGCAGCGAUGGGCGUCGCCGUGGGUGUGUCGUGGGUGAAAUGGUGCAGCAGAGUUGUGGUGGACGCCCGACCGAGAGGGCCUGCAGUGCGGGGGAAGUGCAUCGACUCUCCUGACAACGAACACAUAGGCAAAGAAGAGGGUGGAUGAAGGGAGGGCGGCCAUGUACGUGUUUGCUCACUCACCCUCUGGUAGGCGGAUACUGCAGCCCUUGGCAGCCCUAUGCACACGGCCCAGCAGUCGGCACACGGCGUCGUCCCGUCGCUCCCUCGCCGUCAUGUUGCUCGCCUCAUGGAUGGCCGACACCCAUCGGUCGACGCGCCACCCGCUCAGCGCGCCGCAGACCGUGUGGGCCAGGGUCACAGCGACGACGCAGGGCCUGAUGAUGAGGUGGUUGUGGCCCUGGGCGUCCGUGACGACUGUCUUGUCCUCGAUCAGGCGGCUGAUGAGGGCCAUUGCUGCAUCCAGCAGCGUUUCGUCCUCCACGUCCGCGUCAUCUGCUGCUGCACACUUGUCCAUCUCUCCGUCGGCCGUGACCAUGGCGAUGGCCAACUUGCU